AUGCCACUGUUCGUGACAUCGAUACUGACUGCAGCCGACUUUCUCGCUUAUGGUUUGCAAUCUCUCUUUUCGUCAACAUCAACCGGGACAAAUGCUAGCACCACGGAAGUCAAGACACCGUAUUCGGAUACCAAACCAGGACAAGUAGCUGGGGCAUCAAAGACUACGCUACCCGAUCUGGAAUUAUUUAGAGCUGCAUUGGCUGAUUUGUCCAAAGUCGCGAUUGUCAAUUCGGCUGGAAAUUUGGAGUUUACGUAUGGGCAGCUGUUGCAUGAUGCUGUUGAGUUGCGGAGGCAGUUGGGCGUUGUUGACAUCGCCGGAGCUCGAGUCGCAUUCCUCAUCCCACGCUCAUAUGAAUACGCUGUCGUGCAAUGGGCUACUUGGGCAGCUGGUGGAAUAGCUGUUCCCCUCUGUGACGCUCAUCCACCACCAGAACUCGAAUACGUAAUCACAGAUUCUCAAGCUGCCAUCAUCGUCAUUCACAAAUCAUUCGCUGCCAAAUUCACCUCUAUAAAAGAGAAACUGCCACAAUUACGAUGGAUUGAGCUUGAAGAUUAUGCUGUCAAGCCGUUGAGUGAGGUGACUGCUGUGUAUAGGACGAGUAAAUUUGAUGAUGAGAGGGGGGCGUUGUUGGUUUAUACUAGUGGUACAACGGGAAAGCCAAAGGGAUGUCUGACAACACACAACAAUGUCAAACACCAAGUCUUGUCUCUCGUACAAGCAUGGAAGUGGACCAAGAAUGAUCGAAUACUGCAUGUGCUACCCCUUCAUCAUAUACAUGGAAUUAUCAAUGUGAGUGCUUGGGCAAAACAGGAACUACUGGGUGUUGUAUCGGGCUUCACGUCUUCCGUCCUGUGCAGUAUGCAACUCAAACAAGUAACAACUGCAACGGUUUUCAUACUGCAGGUGCUAACAUGUAGCUUAUGGUCUGGCGCAACAGUGGAAAUGGAACCAAAGUUUGAUGCUAAAGCAAUCUGGCAAAGAUGGAAAUCACAACAAAACCUUACACUCUUUAUGGCCGUCCCAACAAUAUACGCAAAGUUGACACAAGCAUAUCACAAAUUCUCAGAUUCUGAGAAGAAGGAAUGUACUGCUGCUUGCAAACAAUUCCGACUCAUGGUUUCGGGAUCAGCUGCGUUGCCUGAACAGCAGUUUCAGGAGUGGGAGGUUAUUUCGGGACAUAAGUUGCUUGAGAGAUUUGGAAUGACUGAAAUCGGAAUGGGUAUCUCAAAUCCAUUGGAAGGUGUUCGAAGGCCGGGAUGCGUAGGUCUCCCACUCCCAUACGUCUCAAUUAAAAUCAUAUCAGACGAGGACAAAGACGUCACAACCACAGCCAAUCAGCCAGGAAUGUUAUAUGUUCGUGGUCCCAUUGUCUUCAAAGAAUAUUGGGGACGCCCUGAAGCUACCGCAUCAUCAUUCAAAGAAAUUGAUGGUCAGAAAUACUUUAUUACUGGUGACUAUGCGCAGAUGACGAAUGAUGGUGUUUACAAGAUUAUGGGACGUGCUAGUUCAGAUAUUAUCAAGACCGGUGGAUACAAAGUAUCAGCACUAGAAAUCGAGCAUGAAAUACUCAAUCAUCCUGAUGUUCAAGAAUGUGCUGUUGUUGGUGUACCCAAUGCUGAAUGGGGUGAACAAGUUGUUGCUGUUGUUGUGUUGAAACAGGGAACCAAACCAUUCGAGUUGAAAGAAUUCCGGGAUUGGCUGAAACCAAAGAUCGCAACAUACAAGAUUCCAGCUCAACUCAAAUUUGUGAAUGAAUUACCACGAAACGUCAUGUUGAAGUAA